CGCAUGCGCGCAUCGCCACCCUGCCGGCCUCCGUCACCUGCCGCCGCAGGGGAAGGAAGGGGCAAGAGGGAAGGUCUUAAGGGCUCCUCCGUCACACCCGGUCCUCCAACUCUAUGGGAAGAAGAUGGUUGCCUUUGCCUCGGUAGCAAUGGCUGCCCCUUCUCGUCACGAGGCGUGCGGGAGGAGCCCGCGGGGCUGGCUAGCCCCGAUGCAUCCCGUCAGCCUCUGCGCGCGCGCGGCUGCGGCCUUGGGGUUGUUGUGCGGGUGCUUCGGCGACUCCAGAAGUUUCCUGGGGGCGGCGGGCGGCAUGGCGGCGGCGGGAGCGGCUGUCCCGCGAAACUGACAACAGCCUUGGAGAAGAAUCCAGGUGAUGCUGAAUAUUACUGUCAGCGAGCUUACGCUUAUAUUCUUCUACAGAAUUACACUGAUGCUGUUGCAGAUGCAAAGAAGUCUUUAGAACUCAACCCCAGUAAUGCCAAAGCUUUUCUCAGGAAAGGGUUAGGUGAAUAUCAUAUGAAAAACUACACAUCUGCUUUAGAGUCUUUCAGAGAGGGACAGAAGUUGGAAAAUGUAGAUCAUACCUUUACUAUCUGGAUUAAAAGAUGCGAGGAAAUGCUAAAUGCAGUAUUGCAGACUGAAGUGAAUAUACAACAGCAACCUCUGCCAUCAAAGAUCAAGUAUGACUGGUACCAAACAGAAUCUCAAGUAAUUGUGACUAUCAUGAUCAAGAAUGCACAGAAGGAUGCUGUCAGCGUACAGUUCUCGGAGAAAGAGCAGGGUCCACAGGAUACAGACAAGCUAUAACUUGUGUAUAAAUCCUGAUGUGCAUGCUGCAAAAGGAGCAUCUGUUUUCCAGCUGCCUGGGUAUUUGGAAGGGUUUGGGAAAAGAAGUGAUCUGAACUUAAAAUGUUUGAGUAUACAUGCACCCAGAGUAUGAAUGGACAGAGACAAGGUAUUUUAAAGAACAGUUAUGAAUAAGUAAUGUAUCUUGCUUUAGGACAGUUAUAGAAGAAGAAUUAAUAUUGGUGGGUGGGUUUUUCUUCCUUUCGAUAUCACUAAAAUUGAUAGUGACAACCAAGUAUAUAUUUCAAAGAAGCACUGUAAUCUCUUUAUUGUAAUACCGUAUGCAAUACCAGUGACACUCAUUUUUAAUUUAGCUGUGAAUAUUGAGGAGCUGGGCUCUUAUUCUCAGCUAAAUUGGUACUUAGUAACAGGCAAAUACUUCUAUAAUUCUGUCUGCUUUAAACUGUUAAAAUUGUGUGAGCACUUGCCACAUAGUUUGCAUGUAUUAAAAGGGAAGUUGCAAAUUGUUUUCAUAUUCCAUUAUUAAUGUGUUGACACUUUAUUUGCCUUAGAAUUCUUUCUCUAAAGAAUGCAGAUCAAGCUGACAAGAUAAUAGGUUUUUUGAGUACUUACUGGCUAAGAAUUGAAAUUAUUCAUUUUGUAGUGUACUUUAGAAACACCUUGUUGAAUAAUGCAGUAAAAAGUGGCUUCGUUUUAAAUUCUCUGAUGCCUGAUGCUUGAUUUUAUAAGUGUCCUAGUGAAGGGUCAUUAAUUUAAUCACUUAAUCUUGGUGCCAAAUUACAAUCCUUUACCUCAGAAUGGAAAACUCUGCUCUCUAAGAUGACCAGAGACAUGUUUUCAACUGUUAACAGAUGAAUGCAUCAGUGAGACUUCCAUCAGGUGAAGACUACAACUUAAAGCUUGUUCUUCUUCA